UGACAGCAUUGUUUCAUUAACAAAAUCAACGCCAAGACAAGAUGGACCUUAACGAGAAAUUUACAAUUAGCGAUGACAACAAUACCCAGAAUUCCGAGGAGAGAGAGAAAUGGGACAAAAAGGCGGAAUCCAUUCUCUCUAUGUUGGGUUUCUGCGUUGGUCUGGGAAACAUUUGGCGUUUUCCAUAUCUCUGUAUGAGAAAUGGCGGCGGAGCCUUUCUGUUUCCAUUCCUAUUUUUCCUCUUUUUCUGCGGCCUUCCUCUGUUCACUCUAGAGGUGACCAUGGGUCAGUUCUCAGGCAAGGGAAUUGUCAAAGUCUGGGAUGUAUGUCCCCUCUUCAGAGGAGUGGGUGUUGGAAUCUCGAUUCUAUCUACCAUCUCAUGCUCAUACUACAUCGUUAUAAUUUGCUGGACACUUUAUUACCUUAUAAACUCCUUCAAAUCCCCACUACCAUGGACUCUGUGUGGACAGGAAUGGAACACACCUCUGUGUGUGCUGGCUGGACAUCGGGAGUCCGGAGUAAAUGAUACCAUUCAUAACAUUACGUCCCAUAAUGUCGGAAACGUAUCCGGUACAUUAGAUGUACACCAAAACGGUAGUCUGGAUGUCGUAAACAAAACUCAAAGUACUUUAAUUGCAACACCGGAAGAGGAAUUUUGGCAAGGAAGUGUUCUUCAUCUGUCAUCAGGACUUGAAGAUAUAGGGAAGAUUCAGUGGCAUUUAGCAUUGUGUUUCCUUGGGGCCUGGGUGCUUGUGUACUUAUGUAUUGUCAGAGGCGUAAAAACGGUUGGAAAGGUAGUUUACGUCACUGCGACCCUUCCUUAUAUCCUCUUGUUUGUAAUACUUAUACGUGGCCUAACUUUGCCUGGAUCCGCCGAUGGAAUUCUGUUUUAUAUUACUCCAGAUUUUGAGCGUUUGAAGGAUGGAAAGGUAUGGGCAGAAGCCGCCAUUCAGAUUUUCUACUCCAGUGGAAUAGUAUGGGGAGCACUAAUAACUAUGGCUAGCUACAACAAAUUCCAUAACAACUGCCUAAGAGACUGUUAUGCUCUGGCACUGGCGGGAGAGGGAACCAGUAUUUUUGGAGGAUUCGUGGUUUUUUCAGUCCUAGGGUACAUGGCACAUGAAAACGGUGUCCCAAUUGAGAAGGUCGUCAAGUCAGGGCCUGGUUUGGGAUUUAUAGCAUACCCAGAAGCCCUGGCUAAACUUCCUCUUUCCAAUGUCUGGGCUGUUGUUUUCUUUAUUAUGUUACUCACUGUAGGACUGGAUAGCACGUUCGGGACUAUCGAGCCUGUUUUUACAGCACUGUCCGAUUCCUUCCGCAUUUGGAGAAAACGCCGAGCUCUACUGACUGCAAUUUUCUCCGGUGUGUGUUUCCUUGUUGGAUUAAUCAUGUGCACUGAGGGUGGUAUGUACGUGUUUCAGCUCAUUGAUUGGUAUUCGGCAGCCAUUGCAGUGCCACUCUUCGGAUUUUUUGAAUGCAUAGUAUUUGGGUGGAUUUAUGGAGCAGAAAUGUUCUCUCGGGAUGUUGCUUUAAUGACAGGACAUGGAAUUCCAACCAUUAUCAGAAUUUCUUGGUGUUUUAUCACUCCAUUGAUCCUAUUGGUAACUAUGAUAGUGACCCUAAACUCUUACGUCCCUCCCGAGUACGGCACUUACAAAUACCCCGACUGGGCCCAGGGGUUCGGCUGGUUUAUUGCAGUGAUACCCCUUCUACCGAUCCCUCUCCUAGCCUACAGAGAAAUAAGAAUCGCCUCGGGUGGCACUUUUUUGGAGAAAUUGAGAAAAUCGCUGCAGCCAAACGAACAGUGGGGUCCGAACCACACGGAGGAAAAUAAGAGAUAUAAGUCAGAGAUACGGCAACUCAAAGGAACAUUUCUACAAAAAGUUAUAGUGAACAUGACCGGCAAGGAAAUAGUAUGAUUUUCCGUACAUGUUCCAUAAGAUCUGUUAAUUCUAAAACUGUGAUGACCAGUAACAUUCUUCCUAACAGAUAUACAAUGUAUUUGCAAUAUUUGAGUUUGUAUCAUAUUUUUUUAUGAAAGUGAAAUAAAUUUUUACAUUUAUGUAAAAAAGAAAUACAGUCUGUAUUUAAUACAAUGUGAAUUUUGAGCGGGUAAUAGUUGUCUUACUUAUUGCCUUUGUAUAGAACAUCCAUAGAAUCGUAUCCCAGUCAAAAAUGGUACUGUAUUUACUAUUCCAGUAUUUUAAUGGAUAAUGCAAUUUAUUAACUGCUAGGAACUAAGACAGAAAUAUAUUUUCUCCCUGUGAAAUAUGGAGCACCAAAUUAACAUAAACUAAAAUCAUUGAUCAUACAUGCAAAGUAUUAGAAGACAUUUAAAAUUCCAUUUCUAAGCGCAAUUAUUGGAAAUAGUGUACAAUAAGAAAUUAUAAAGCAGUAAAUGCUAUUGUUAAUGUAAUUGCUAAUUAUAUUGUAUACCAUAUAAUACACUUAUCUUGUGCAAAUCUUAUGUGUAAAUAUUUAUGUACAUAUUUUGUAUACGUAUGAGAUGUGUCUUUUGUUCAAA